AUGCGUGCACGGAGCUAUUUCCCUCUCGACCACCUUUGGCCAGCUAUUGUUGGCCCAACAAAAGGACUCGCUCGCGGGGGAUCGGGACCCUGCCGAAAACGUGGUAGCUCCGGGGGCGAUGUGCUGUCCCGGCUGCAAACGCCAUCGCUUCUCACCUACCGGGUCCCGCGUGGGCUUCCCGCGUGUCCCCGGGAUUACCGCUGUAAAACCGAGGGCAUUCCCUCGGCGGCUUCGCGGCCGAACCUCCGCACAGCAGCGCCGCGCUCCCUGCGCCUCCGCCCGCACCGUCCCGGGCGGCCAGCGCUCCGCACCGACACCUCGGCCAGGGCCGCUGCGGCCGUAGCGGGUGCCGGGCGGACCGACGGCUACUCCCGCCAGACGUGGGAAGGCCAAGGCGGGCAUUUACCGGAGCCUCCGAGGGCGCAGGUGAGCGGCGUGCAGAAGCAGCGGCGGCUGGCGGCCAACGCGCGGGAGCGGCGGCGGAUGCACGGGCUGAACCACGCCUUCGACCAGCUGCGCAAUGUCAUCCCCUCCUUCAACAACGACAAGAAGCUCUCCAAGUACGAGACGCUGCAAAUGGCGCAGAUCUACAUCAGCGCCCUGGCCGAGCUGCUGCACGGCCCCGCCGCCCCUCCCGACGCCCCCGGCAAGGCCGAGCACCGCGGGGCCCCCUUCGAGCCGCCCUGCGCCGCCGCCGGGGCCGGAGCUCCGCCGGGGCAGCCGGCGCCGCCGCCGGGGCCGGCCAGAGCGUCGCCCCCCGGGCACGGCAGGACUCGCUUCCCCCCGCCGCCGGCCGCGGGGGGCUACUCGGUGCAGCUCGACCCGCUGCACUUCUCCUCCUUUGCGGAGGGCGCCCUGAUGGGACAGAGAGCCCCUUCCCCCGCCCUCCUCAUGCCGCAGCCCGGGCAGCCGCCGCAGGAGAGGAGCAAGACGUCGCCCCGGUCCCACAGGAGCGACGGGGAGUUCUCGCCCCGCUCCCACUACAGCGAUUCCGAUGAGGCCAGCUAAGGCAGGGGCGUCGUCCCCGGCAGCCCCGCAAGGCCGCCCCUCGAAGCACGGACUCGGCCGUGGGGUGAGCAGCCGGACGCGGCGCCGCCACGGACGGCAUCGGCUCCCCUCGGUCGCUUUGAAAUCCGCCCCCUCGUCUCCCACCCCCGGCAGCCCCUGGUUUGUCUAGGGGGGAUGGCUGUUAGCGAAUGACUGUACCCGCCCUGUCUGUCAGGCUCGGUUGGUUUGUUUCCAUUUGUAGUUUACACUUCGAAAGUUUCUUUCGCCUAGAAGUCGUUGCCGUUCCCUCCUGCCAACACGCCACCUCGCAGCGCGGAGCCUGGCUCGCCCCGUCGGCGAGCAGGUGAUGCGCAGGGAGAAAGCCUGGCCCCGCUGCCGGGGGUGCCGCCGGCGCCAUCCAUCCCCACCCGGCCGUGAACCUGCCCUGACACCCCCGUCUUCCAGGACACCGAUCCCGCCGUGGGUCGCAUUGCUGUGGAAACACAUACACACGCGCACACGCAUACACACACAAUAACGCACCGUCUUAACCUGUAAAUAGCGGAAAAAAUUUGGAUUUUCCUUAGAGCACCAUGUCGGCGUCUUUUGGGGGGAAACUUGGCGCAAGCACUUUAUCAGCGGCUGGAGAUGCAGUUUCAAGAGGAAAGCUACUCACUGCCAAUUGGAGACAAAUAUUUAAUUAAGCCACUUAAUCCUAACCGCCCUCUUAAAAACGAAAACGGUUUUGUCGUGUCAAACUUUUAUGUCAGUUUUAUUUUCCUUUUGUGGUAAUAGGAAACGUAUUUAUUAUGCAGUGUUUGCAAUUAUUUCUGCUUCUCUCUUUUUUUAAAAAAAAAAAAUCUUUUCUACGACGAAAAUCGUUUAUUUUGAUUUUAGCAA